CCCAGAGCAUCCUGAAAAAUGUCACAGCCAUUUGGAAUCUUUGGGGUAAUGAUGAUGAUCUACCCAGAAUCUGAAGGCUUGAAAGAUGAUGAUGAUGAUGGUGAAGAUGAUGACAGUGAAGAAUUAGGGAACUCCAGUCACUCUGAGUGUCCUUCACCCUCGUCCAAGAGCAAGGACACCCCAGAUGACAAUCAGACUGAGGAUCUGGGAAAACGCAUCCCGUUUCCCCUAACUCCCAAGCACCCUUACAUGGUGAAAGAUAAACGAGUGGGGCUGGCCAAACAUGCACCGGAGCUUGAGGAGGAAGGUCAGGAGUUUCAGGAACCAUUUUACAAAGUCAUGGAAAUGUCUGAAAGCUUGACUGGAGAUGAGGAGCCCAGCCCGACCUAUCACCUUCCUGGGCAUCAGAGGUUACCUGCUGUCCAAAUGGCCACUGCAGCAGCAAAUGGCUCCCCAAACUCUUUCCAGCACAGAUCAGGCCAGGAUUUGGGCACACAGGCCCCUGCCACACAGGCCCAUGCCAAUGACCACUAUGUGGGACGCUCAGAAAGCACCAUGGGAGCAGAGCCCCACAUGCUGCACGAGGAGGCUGGUGAGGACAGGGAGUCCCCAUCCCUGCACCUGACCUAUGACAUGCUCAAGAAGGAGAACAACAUGCUCAGGUCAGAGAAYAAAACACUCAGGAACGGGGACCUCAUGCUCAUGUCAGAGAACUUUUCUCUCAGGCAGGUGAUAAAAAGGCUCAAAAAGGACAGUGCUGCGCUCAUGGAGCAGGAUGUUGUGCUCAGGGACGAAUACAAUGAGCUCAGGAGGCAGUACGACAGGCUCAGGGGUGAGAAUGCUGCACUCAGGAAUGACAAUGCCAUGGUCAGGAGUAUGUUUAAUACCUUCCAGAAUGACUUGAAGAGACAGGCGUGCACAGUGUCGAGCCUGCAGGAUCAGCUGAAGAGCACCCACGCYGAACACGAGAGGGAAGCCCGAGAGCUCCAGUCCUUGGUCCAGCAGACUGAGCAUCAUCUCCAGCUAAUGACCCAGAGGGCUCUGGAUGCAGAAAUGAAAGUGGAGAGGCUGAAGCAGAAGAUCUUUGUUCUGCAAGGACAGCUGGAGAGAUUCAAGCUGGGCAAUGAAAACCUGAGAGCGAGUGGCCUGGAAGCAGCGAAGCACGACAUAGAUUUCAUCAGUCAAAACCCCCACGAGUUCAUAAUGGGCACAAAUGGCUCCCUCAGGCAGCCUGCCUCAGGAAUGCUGCCUGUUGUUGCUGAGGUCCUUGCAUCUACCAGAAAAAUGCUCAAAUUUUAAGCAGAAAAAGAUCUAUGGGUGCAAUUCUGUAGCUGGCAGCAAAGCCUGCAUGGUCCAGCUGUGGUGGCCUCUGUGCAAGAGGCUGGGCCACAGUUCCGGCUGACAUGA